AUGGCCGGAGCGCGGAGAUGCUUGCUGGCCGGAGAUGAAACCGCUGAGAGAUCGAGUGUUGAAAAAUCGGACCUAGGGUUGGCGAUCGUGAGCCUGUACGAGCGCGAGGGAGGAGAUGACGGACUAUGGAAGAAGAAGAUGAUGGAAAGAACGCGAUCGCUGGAGGCUAAUAAAGGCUCGUUCACGGGACCAGCUAAGGCUCAACGGCACCCACCGUGUAUCUCGGCGAUGGAGGGCCGAGCGGCGGCCGGUUCUUCUCUGUUACUCGCGGUGCUUGCUAUGAUCGCGGUGGUCAUCGUCGGUUUGUGGGCGGCGGUGGAUGCUUCUACUGACCCUAAUGACGUUCAAGGGCUCCAGGUAUUGUACAGUUCAUUAAAUAGUCCUCCACAGCUAACGGGCUGGAAAUCAACUAGUGGUGAUCCAUGUGGCGAGUCGUGGAGGGGAAUCACCUGUCAAGGUUCUUCUGUUGUCUCUAUUGUGAUUGAUGGUCAUGUUUCUUUACAUUCUUCCUUUCUAAUGAAUUCUUGGUUCCAUUUGUUUUUUACUUUUAUUUUUUGGUGCUGCAGAGACUUGAGUAACAACAAUAUUUACGACUCGAUUCCGUAUCAGUUGCCACCAAAACUCACAAGCUUAAACGUUGCAGGAAACAAUUUAAGUGGGAACAUUCCUUAUUCUUUGUCUAAUAUGAACGCCCUUAGUUACUUGAACAUUAGCCGAAACAUGUUGUCUCAGUCAGUUGGAGAUAUGUUUUCCAGCCAUUCUGCAUUAGCCACCUUGGAUAUAUCCUUCAACAAUUUUGCUGGGGAUCUUCCGCCCUCCUUUAUGUCAUUGACUAAUCUCUCAACCCUUCUAGUUCAGAACAAUCAACUUACAGGUUCUCUCAAUGGCCUCGUAGGUUUGCCUCUGACGACUUUAAAUGUAGCGAACAACCAUUUCAGUGGCUGGAUACCACAAGAACUAGUUUCAAUCCCGAACUUCAUAUACAAUGGGAAUGGAUUUUCCAAUGGUCCUGCCCCACCUCCCCCACCUUACACUGCUCCUCCUCCAGGUAGAUCUCGCAAUAACGGGACACAAUCUCCUCCUCUUGGCCAUAGUCCAAACACCGAUAUCCCAAGCUAUACACACAGCGAGCAUAAAAAUGGGUUGACAGCAGGAGCUAUAGUGGGGAUAGCUAUUGGGUGUGGAGUUGGAGUGAUACUGUUGCUGCUUUUGCUUGUGUUUUGCCUUAGGAAGGGUAACAAGAAGGAAGUUGUGGCACGACUCUCAACAGGAAUUCAACCUGCCAGCGUUGGUAAUGUGAGUACUGGGAUGCAAGAGCAUAGGUCAAAGCCUUCAUCCAAUGCAUCUGACGUAAAACCUCCACCAGCUGAAAGUGUUACAGUUGAAAGGUUACAAGGGAAAAGUGGAUCUUUGAGAAGAGCGAAACCUCCACUAACUGCUACUUCCUACACAGUUGCUGCACUUCAAACUGCAACAAAUAGCUUUAGCCAAGAGAAUCUGGUCGGUGAAGGCUCGCUUGGUCGUGUCUAUAGAGCCGAAUUCCCCAAUGGAAAGGCAUCCAAAUAUCGUGGCCCUGGUCGGGUACUGUGCGAGCAUGGACAGCGCCUUCUGGUUCAUGAUUAUGUGGGUAAUGCCAGCUUGCACGAUAUGCUUCACUUUGCUGACGAGAGGAGCAGGAUGAUGACGUGGAACGUGCGGGUCAGGGUGGCACUCGGGACUGCCCGAGCUUUGGAGUAA